AUGAUGAUAAUGUAUAUUACCCAAAAAACCAUAGCCUGUUCACACAUUUAGCCCUAAAUUCCUCCAUUCUCCACAUGUCUAACUCCGUAAUUUCACUCUCUUCAUUUCCUUCAUUUCAGAACGAACACCCCCAAUCAUAUCUCAAAUUCUCCACAUAAAGAAAAAAAAAAUGGAAACCACCGUGAUCAUCGUCGGAGCAGGUCCGUCCGGCCUAUCCACCGCCGCCUGUUUAUCUAAAGCCUCAAUCCCUUACAAGCUCCUCGAACGAGAAGAUUGCUCUGCUUCGCUAUGGCGGAAAUAUGCGUACGAUCGAUUGUAUCGUCAUCUUCCAAAGAAAUCCUCAGAGCUCGCGUUCAUGGAGAUUCCAUCUUCUUUCCCUAAUUACUUGCCGAAGAAGAUGUUUCUGGAGUAUUUAGAUUCUUACGUUUCGAAUUUCGGAAUCGAUCCUCUGUACGGGAGAAAUGUGGAGGCGGCGGAGUUGGAUAGGGAUUCGAAGCAGUGGAAGGUGAGAGUGAGGAAUAGUAGUGGCGGCGGAGAGAUGGAAGAGAUAGAGGAGUAUGUUGGACGGUUUCUGGUGGUGGCGACGGGAGAGACGGCGGAUCCGUACAUGCCGGUGGUGGAGGGAUUGGAGAGAUUUGGCGGCGGAGUGAUUCACUCGAGGGAGUAUAAAUCGGGGAAGGGAUUUGAAGGGAAGACAGUUUUGGUGGUUGGGGCUGGAAAUUCUGGAAUGGAAAUUGCUUUGGAUCUUGCUAAUCAUGGCGCCACAACUUCCCUUCUUGUUCGAAGUCCGGUACUUCCUUUUACCAAAACUACAUAUCCUUUUUAAAUAAGUAACCCUUUUUAGAAAAUAAUAAUAAAUAAAUAAAUAAUAAAUAACCAAGUUGAGAUCUACCUUUACUUAAAAAAAGACUUGAUUGCAUCUUGCAUCUAUCUUUGUAUAAUUCAUCUAAAUAUUCAAUCACAAGUUGUUACAUCA